CAUUCGCAGACUUGUCUCGCAUCAAUGCUCAUCGUGGGUUUGACAGAGCGAUGCAAAUAGUAACAAUUACUCGCAUCAACAACGAAGACGGCGCGUCGCCCAGAUCCGACGUCUGCGCCAACGAGAGCGACGGCGAGAGCAGCGACGGCGACUCUCCCGUCAUCCAUAAGGAUCCACUCAAGAAUAAUCAUUCGGGAAAUGUGCCUUCGUUCUCUGCAGGGGUUAUGUACCAGGUGCCUCAGAGUGUCAUUUAUUCGCCUAGUCCAGGGGUCUUGUUCGGCAUAGGACAAAAUGGGCAACCGGUGCAAAUAUCUCAAGACGGAGGUACAGUAGCAUCGGUGGCGAAUUCAUCACAAUCAAACCAGCCAUUCAUUACGAUACCGCUGAACGUCGCGAUGAACGCGGCCGGAUUGUCUUUACCAGUGACUUCCAGAAUGACCUCCAGAUCACCUACGACGACGACGACGACGACGACGGCGGCAACGGUGUCCGCUUGCGGAGAUUUGCCUUCCGACCUGAGCAAAGAUCGGGAAUGACGCAAGAAUUUUCCGACAAGCGGAGUCUCCAACAAUAACGACAAUGAAAGUAGCAGUUAAGCCUCUGCUUUUUUGCUCGCCAUAGUUAAAAAUUUGUCGUGCGAAUUUGUCGGACAAAUCGCGGAAAUGGAUUCUCACACGCGCGCGGAUAUCUCCGGGCUUCUUCGUGAUACUUCCACAUUUAGGGAUAAAAUCGGAGCAAGUGAUCCAGUUUUUCUAACAAAUUACAAGCAACUAUGAUCGCAUCGUAAUGUAAGAUUUUUUGCUCUCUUUUCAGAAACGACUUGUUUGCGUACUUUCGUAUUAGGAAGAAACUAGGAACUCAGAAUCUGAGUAAUUAGGGAAUGUUCUGAAUCAUACACAUUUUAAUUAAUGGAGAGCAUGUACACGAGUGUGAAAUUAAAUUCCCAGUCAACAUUAACUAUUAUCACUAACAUAAUAUCAAUGUUAUAAUUUCACAAUUAAUAAUAUAAAAUAAUAUAAUACAUGUUAUACAUGUAACGGUUACACUGUCGGGUGUGAAAUUAUAACAUUGAUGUUUUCUAUUAUACUACUGGGAUAUUUAUUAGGAUAUUAAUAAAAGUCAAAAAUGGAGUUUUUAUAUUGCAUUCACGAGAGAGCGACGAUAGAGGAAACGUGUUUUCGUUCGGUUCAGUAGGAAAUAUUUUACCUCUUUACACUCUGCUAAACUCCACAGAUCAAAUCAAGUCGGGUAUAACCGGCGGGGAUUCCGCGCGAAUAAAUCCUAACGUAUUACAUUCGAUAGUUAGUUGUCAGCGUUCAGCGUUUUCUAACAAUUUUUUUUUGUAAAGUAAUUUGUAUAAUAAAAGAAGAUUUAGAUAUAGAACUAAGAAAUUUUAUCUAUUGCAUUUAUAGAAAGAUUGUGCAUCGUGGCCCAAGUGUACGGCAAUAACAUAUGCGGCAUUGAGUAACGCGCUCGAUUCUCUUUAAUUAAAAGCUGCACGUGGUUCUCUCCGUGAAUGCAGUAUAGAUAGGAAGAUUGAUCAACAAACUUUUUACCCUGAAAAAAUAUAUUACCGCUUAAAAAUUUUAACACAUCUUAUGUUUUUAGUAACAAAUUUUCAUACAUAAAAUGUAAAGUUACAGGGAUUUAUUCUUUUAUUGUCAGUCAUGUAUUUAAUAAGGUAUCUUCUAGCGAACCACUGAAAGAUAAUUAUAAACAAAAAUUAUUGAGUUGAAAGAAAAGUAAUGUCACAUUUUCUUACUAGAUGGUUUCAGUGUGUUUUAUUAGAAAGAAACUUUAAUUAAUAACGUUUUUCAUUGGGCGGCACUGAGUCGCACUCAGUGUAUUUUGUAUUAAAACUGACAUCUAUUGAAACUGACAUCUGAUCAUCUAUUGAAGCUCAAAUUUCUGCAUUUAGUGCGCAUUGAGUGUGCACUAGUUUGGCCAAUAAAAUACAUUAUAAAAUGCAUGCUUUUGUGUAUACUCGUAAUCUCUAAGUAUCAUUGAAUAUAUAGGAAUCGAAUGCAGAAACGUUUUUAUUCAUUUAAGAUCGAGAGCAAAACAAGUUCUAUUUUUGCUGUUUGAUUUUAUUUUAUUUAUAAAAGGGAGAGGCGCGACACAAACAAAGAAAAAAAUAUGUGCCGUGGACAAGAUACCGUAAGUUAAACACAUGUAUCAAACAUGUAUUUCAACCCAAAAUUGGAUAAAUUAAUUUUUUUUUAAACUAAGUUAAAUUAACAGUCUUAAAAUUUUAACUUAGUUAAAGUAUAGAUUAACCCAUAAUGAAAUUAAGUGAAUAAAAAGUUAAGUUAAUAAAGAAAGUUGUUGAAAAGUUAAAAAAUAAAGUUUCAUUUUAUAAUUUCAGAGUUUCAGUUUUAUAAACAAUUAAAAUCACAAAUAUAUCCUUUAUUUAGAAACAUAUUUUGUUUACAUGUGUAUAUAUUUAUUAAAUUUAAGUAAUAAAACCAUUUCAAAAUUUUUAUUCGAAAUUUUAUCUUGAAGAUUGUCAAAGACGAGUCUUUAUUGAACAGUUGUUCAAUGUGAGCCAAAGAUAGUUUUGACGUGUUAUAUUUUAUAAAAGCAUGUUUGAAUGCCUUAAAAAAUUUUUUUAUCGCAAAAGUUUUUUCACGUAUUGGUCGACAAGUAAGUUUAAAUUAUAUAAUCAGUUAUAAUCGCGCGUUUUUGUUCUGGUUCAGAUCGUCUUGUUAUUAAAUACAAAAUACUCGUCCGUUUUAUGUAAGACCUGGGUGUACUUGAAUGAAUUACAUGAUUUUACGAUGAUACGACCAAUCAUACUACACGGAAAUGAUCCAUUUCGUAUGUAAACAAAUUCGCACGAAUUCGAGAAUCAAGCUUCAUACAGUUAGAGUUAUUUGUAGGCAGGUGCACGGCGUUUUGUGACACCUUUAUUUAAAGCAUAAGUUAACUUCAAAAAAGUUGAAUUAAAAGUUAAUAGUUACCGACAAAACGUAGAAAAAGGAGAGUCAUGGAAUAUAUCUGGGGUAGUGGAAUAUUAUAGGGUAGUGGAUAUCCUAUAAUUUACUUUGAUUUCUAAAAGCUACUGUUAAAAUUACUUUGUCACAGUCUAUUUAGACAUUGUAGAACGGUUACUGGUCAUUAGUGUUCGCUGUGUUUUUAUAAAAGUUGAAUUUCAGUUUUACAUGCAGCAAAAAUUUUUACAAGUGUAUAUUCUCUAUGUAAUUUAUGAGAAGUAUGUUAUACAUAUUAAUUUUUUAACUUUAAUCUAACUUGAAGGCCUUGAAUGUGAAUUAAUCAAAUCAAAUAAUAUUGAAUUCAAUGUGUGUCGUGAUGUGUGUAUGAGUUCUGCAAAUAAAAUCAUGUUAUAUGUGGGCUGUGGUUGUGGAAUAUGUAGUCCGCCAUGUACAUCUCUCUUACAACUUUACAAUCUCAUUGUAUAAUUAUAUGUUGAAUAAUGUUUAUUAGAAGCAAAGAAAUUAUUUUAAGAAGUUUUAAAUUGUAUUAAAAAAUUUUUGAAACCAGAAAAGUUAUUAAAAAAAUUUUUAUUUUUAAUAAAAUAAAUUUUAUGAAAUGUUCGUAAAACCUUGUUUUGCGGCACUUAUUAGUAUAUAAGAUCUAUGAAGGAUCAUUUGUAAUUUUUUAUAAAUAAAAGUGCCUUUCAUGACAUUAGUUAUUAGUAUUUUACAAUCCUUGUGCUAUUCCACAAACGCAUCCUUUUCUCCCUCUUCAGUAAAUUGUGAAUUAUAUUGGUUCUAUACAUAUAUCUGAUAAACUUCUAUCUAUAGGACGAUUGGUAGAAUUCUGUGGCUAAUAAACUGGCGUUGGUUAGAA